CACUAAACGUUUGUGAAUAGGUCUACUAAAAACUUAGAUUUUGUUAAUUAAAAAAAGAAGAAAAAAGAAGGAAAAAAAAAAUAAUAAUAAUGUUAAGUAAUAGCAUAAAUGAAGGUGUCAUGUUGUUGAAAGACCCUUCGGAAUAUCGCCCAGACAUUAAGGAAUGCGAGGAUUUCAGGGAUUUUAGGGUGCACAACGUACCCGCUAAAGUGAAGAAAACGUACGACGUCAUGCACUCGAAGCAGACGUUGUCGUUCGUGCAGGAGAGGAUGUCCUUCUGGGGAAAGCACGACCAUGCGCAGACGACCGUCAUGGAAGCCGUCCUGGCUCUCAACGGACUCGUGGACGAGAGCGACCCGGAUGCCGAUUUUCCUAAUUCGAUGCACGCGUUUCAAACGGCAGAAGGAAUUCGAAAACAUCACCCAGACAAAGAGUGGUUCCAGCUGACUGGGUUGAUCCAUGACAUCGGGAAGGUGAUGGCCCUAUGGGGGGAGCCUCAGUGGGCAACCGUGGGGGAUACGUUUGUAGUGGGCUGUGCCCCAGAUCCCUCGGUGGUGUUCGGCGUGGAGAGUUUUCGAAACAACCCGGACACGAAGAACGAGAAACUCAAUACCAAGUUUGGCAUCUACUCCGAGAACUGCGGUCUGGAAAACGUGCUCAUGUCCUGGGGUCACGACGAAUAUCUGUACAGAGUUCUGAAGGCGAACGUCAACUCGCUUCCGGAAGAAGCUCUAUACGUCAUUCGAUUCCAUUCAUUCUACCCGUGGCAUUGGAACGGAGGCUACAUGCACCUGUGCAACAACAAGGAUUUAGAAAUGCUGAAUUGGGUCAAAGAAUUCAACCAGUUUGAUCUGUAUACAAAAUCGCCCGAAUUACCGGAAAUGGAAAAGCUAAUUCCGUAUUACCAAGGUUUAAUUGACAAGUAUAUUCCUGGCACGUUGAGGUGGUAAAUCUGACGUCAUAUAUAAAAACAGACGUGAGUUUGUGGUAUAUUAAAAGAAAGGAGAAACAAAGAAGAAGAAAAAAGACGUGCAUUGCAAUAAGUAAAACUGACGCCAUGAACAAUUACAAACCUAUUUGUGGGCGAUUUUGGAAGAAAAAACAAAAACAUUACAAUUUUUUGGAAACACUAGUUUAUCUUUUAACUUAAGGAACAAAUGCAUUUGAUGUAUGCACAUUUACAAUCUCAGAAAAUGGUGCAAAACGUCUUCAACAAAACUGAUGACGACUUGAAAAGACGUUUCUCCCUUAUACGCAAAACAUAAUCUGUGUCCGUAUAUCUUUUGUCGGCGGAAAUGUUAUCCAAUCAGGAACUUGUUAACACUUCGAUAAUAUCCGUGAGAACGAUGAACUGCUCGAGAUAAAGUGAUUAUGAAAAACUAUGGUUUAAGUCCUUAUUUACAGUUUGUAUCUUUUGGGCGUGGAUUUUUCAAUUUUUAAAAAUAUAAUUAAUAACCCCAUCCCAUUUGGUUACACUAAUUACGGUACUAGUCUUUAGUUAAAACCGGUUUGAUCUUGAUGACGUAUUAUCGACAGUCGAACCUUCCUAUUUCAGAAUUGAUAUUUUAUAAAGUGUUAGUAGAACUUUCAAAGUUUAUUUUGUA